AUAAUUAUUAUUAUUACCAUUCUCUGUUUUUCUUUCCCUCUCGGUACUGCAACUUUAUUAUUUUUCUAAACCUUAUUUUCUUCUCUGAUCUGUGAUUUCUCUUCUCUAUUUUUUUGGCUGAUUACUGCUCAAGCAAACCAGCGCUUGAAGAAUAUCUUGAAUCCAGGAGUCAUUAUUUUUGCAAUCAAGCUGCUGUAAUUCCUAACAUAGACGAUAUACAACACGAGAACUUCGUGCCACGGCACUUUGGAAAAUCUACUAGGUCACAGAUGGAUAACCUCAAAGUCGGAGGAUUGCAAAAUCAAACUGCUAGGUCAAAUGCCUCAAAUCCUGGCCUUGACACUACCCUGCAAAGUCAAAUUAGGGGUUUAAAUACUCAACAAGUUGAAAUGGUUGGAUCAAAGGAUCCAUUUUGGAAUCAUAUUGAAGAUAGAGCAGAUGGUAGCAUGAAGUGUAAGUUUUGUCCACAUACAUUUGCCAAUAAAACCUCCAUUUCAAGGAUCAAAUGGCAUUUAUCAGGAGAGGAAGGGCAUAAUGUUGCCAUUUGUCGUGGGGUGACUAAGGAAGUUCAAGAAGCAGCCUUUCUAGCUGUGUGUGGUGGCAACAAAAGACUUAAAAGCACAGAAAGUUCAAUAAAUGUUAAUGAUUCUGGAAUUUCAACUUGUCCACAUGAUCAAAACAUUAGGAUUGAAAAUAUGGGAGAAGGUAUUGGAAGGGUACAAAGAGAAGUUCAGGUUGUAGAACCCGGAGUAGGAGAAGAGAGGAUUUCUUCACAUGCAAUAACAGGAAACGACGAAGUAAGCUCCAACUCCGAGGAUGACCUCCAAGUCAGAGGAUUGCAAAAUCAAACUGCUACGCCAAAUGCCUCAAAUCCUGGCCUUGAGACUUCCCUGCAAAGUCAAAUUAGGGGUUUAAAUAUUCAACAAGUUGAAAUGGUUAGAUCAAAGGAUCCAUUUUGGAAUUAUAUUGAAGAUAGGGCAGAUGGUAGCAUGAAGUGUAAGUUUUGUCCACAUACAUUUGCCAAUAAAACCUCCAUUUCAAGGAUCAAAUGGCAUUUAUCAGGAGAGGAAGGGCAUAAUGUUGCCAUUUGUAGUGGGGUGACUAAAGAAGUUCAAGAAGCAGCCUUUCUAGCUAUGUGUGGUGGCAACAAAAGACAUAGAAGCACAGAAAGUUCAAUCAAUGUUAAUGAUUGUGGAAUUUCAACUUGUCCACAAGAACAAAACAUUGAGAUUAACAUGGAAGGAUGUUUUGGAAGGGUAAAAAGAGAAGUUCAGGUUGUUGAACCUGGAGUAGGGGAAGAGAGGAUUUCUUCACAUGCAAUAGCAAGAAACGACGCAGUAAGCAUGACCGGAAUGAGAGCUCAAGAAGAUAGAGUUUCUGAAGGGGCACUCGAGAGCAGACUGAGGACAGAACCAGUGGAUCGAUCGUUGGAACAAAGCAAUGCAGUACUUGACAAUUUGGCAGGGGGUGCUGGAAGGAUACAAGUGGGAGUUCAGGGCAUGGAACAAGGUCCCGGAGAAGAGAGAAUUCAGUUGAAUUUACAAUUAGGAAAUGACAUAGAAAACACUGGUGAAGGAUCUUUUCAGCAUGAUGCAUUUGAGACUAUACCAAGAACAGAGCAAGUGCAGCUUCUAGAGCCCCAAGGAGAUUCAUCCCAAUUUUGUCUUGACAUUGGAAAACGUUAUGAUCAACCUUGUGCUUCAUCAGUAAACAAUGAGGUAACUAUGCAUGAUGAGCAGGACAUGGGUAGAGUGAGGACAGAACCAGUGGAGGAGGAGGAGGAUGUAGCGAGUAGUGGAAGAUCAGCGGUGCAGGCUGGUGCAGGAGCUAGAUCUUCUAAAAGUCUGAAAUACAACAAUUCUGCAGGAGUUCUAUUACCUACUAGCUCUACAAAGCCAGUGGGUCAAGCAUUUAAAGAGAACAUGAAGGUGAUAUGGUCUUUGUUAAUGGACGAUGAAGUCUCAAUCAUUGGCAUUUAUGGGAUGGGGGGAGUUGGUAAAACAACAAUACUGCAACAUAUCUAUAAUGAGCUUCUACAAAGACUAGAUAUUUGUGAUCAUGUUUGGUGGGUGACUGUGUCUCAAGACUUCAGCAUUAAAAGAUUGCAGAAUUUUAUUGCUAAACAUCUUGAUCUUGACCUUUUAAGGGAGGUUGAUGAUCUGCAUAGAGCUGCCAAAUUAUCAAAAGAAUUAAUGAAUAAACAAAAAUGGAUUCUUAUUUUAGAUGAUUUGUGGAACAAUUUUGAGCUCCAAAAAGUGGGAAUUCCUGUCCCAUUGAAAGGAUGCAAGCAAAAUCUGACACCUCGAUCAGAAACGGUUUGUCAUCGGAUGGCUUGUCAAUACAAAAUCAAAGUGAAGCCACUUUCUGAGGGAGAAGCUUGGGCUUUAUUCAUGGAGAAACUUGGAUGUGAUAUAGCACUUUCACCGGAAGUUGCAAAAGCUGUUGCUAGGGAAUGUGCUGGUUUGCCUUUGGGAAUUAGUAUUGUGGCCGGAAGCUUAAAGGGAGUUGAUGACCUUCAUGAGUGGAGAAAUACAUUGAAAAAAUUGAGAGAAUCAGAAUUUAGGGACAAUGAAGUAUUCAAGUUAUUGAGGUUUAGUUAUGAUCGGCUGGGUGAUUUAGCCCUACAACAGUGUCUCUUGUAUUGCGCAUUAUUUCCUGAAGAUUGUGAGAUUGGAAGGGAGGAGUUGAUAGGUUAUUUGAUCGAUGAGGGAAUAAUUAAAGGAAUGAGGAGCAGGGGAGAUGCAUUUGACGAGGGUCACACGAUGCUUAAUAGACUAGAAAAUGUCUGCCUAUUGGAAAGUGUUAAAAUGGAAUAUGAUGGUAGUAUAGGUGUCAAGAUGCAUAACUUGAUUAGGGACAUGGCCAUCCAAAUACUGCAAGAAAACUCUCAAGUCAUGGUUAGAGCAGGUGCGCAGUUAAAAGAGUUGCCAGAUGCAGACGAGUGGACAGAGAAUCUCAUAAGAGUUUCACUAAUGCAAAACGGAUUUGAAGAAAUUCCUUCCAGCCAUUCACCUAGGUGUCCCUAUCUAUCAACUUUAUUGCUAUGUCAUAAUCGCUUGUUGGGAUUUAUUGCGGAUUCAUUUUUCAAGCAAUUGCAUGGGCUCAAGGUCCUCGAUCUGACUUGGACAGGUAUUGAAAAAUUGCCAGACCCUAUCUCUGAUUUAUUGAGUCUUACAGCAUUAUUGCUCAAUAAUUGUAAGAAAUUAAGACAUGUUCCAUCAUUAAAGAAGCUCAGGGCACUGAAGAGGUUGGAUCUCUCUCAUACUGCACUUGAAAAGAUGCCUCAAGGAAUGGAAUGCCUAACCAAGCUGAGGUAUCUUAGAAUGAAUGGAUGUGGUGAAAAGGAGUUUCCUAGUGGGAUAUUACCAAAACUCUCUCACCUGCAAGUCUUUGUACUAGAAGAGUGUUUUGUGGAUUCUUAUCGGAGGAUAACAGUUGAAGUAAAGGAAGUAGGAUCCUUGAGAAAUUUGGAAAUUUUGCGAUGCCAUUUCAAAGGUCUCUCUGACUUUGCGGAGUAUCUCAGAUCUCGGGAUGGGAUCCAAUCAUUAAGCACAUAUAGAAUUUCAGUAGGAAUGAUGGAUUUUCGGGAAUGCAUUGAUGAUUUUCCAAGUAAAACUGUUGCGUUGGGUAAUUUGAGUAUUAACAAAGAUAGAGAUUUUCAGGUCAAGUUCUUAAAUGGCAUUCAAGGACUGGUUUGUCAAUUCAUCGAUGCGAGAAGUUUAUGUGAUGUUUUGUCAUUAGAGAAUGCAACUGAACUGAAGCGCAUCAGCAUUCGGGAUUGCAAUAGCAUGGAGAACUUGGUUUCAUCUUCUUGGCUCUGCUCUGCUUCACCACCAUUACCAUCAUAUAAUGGUAUGUUUUCUGGUCUUAAAGAGUUUUAUUGUGUUGGAUGUAACAAUAUGAAGCAGCUGUUCCCACUUGUGUUGCUUCCAAACCUGGAAUUGAUUGAUGUUAUUAACUGUGAGAAAAUGGAGGGGAUAAUAGGAACAACAGAGGAAGAAAGCAGCACCUCCAAUUCCAUCACGGAAUUAAUACUCCCAAAGUUAAUAUCUUUGAAUUUGUGUUGGUUACCAGAAUUGAAAAGCAUUUGUAGUGCAAAACUGAUUUGCAAUUCUCUCGAAAAUAUUAGUGUAAUCAAUUGUGAGAAGCUGAAGAGGAUGGCAAUUUGUCUUCCGUUGCUUGAAAAUGGCCAGCCAUCCCCUCCCCCUUCUCUCAGAGAAAUCAAUGCAAGGCCAAAAGAAUGGUGGGAGAGAGUAGUGGAGUGGGAGCAUCCUAACACGAAGGAUGUCCUUAGUCCCUUUGUAAUGUUUCGGGAGGAGGAGACUACUCUGCCCUUAAAACAUAUAUAAUAUAGAAUAAAGGGAGACCUGCUGGGCAUCAGACCUUGCAUCCACACUUUUGAGCGGCACUGUCAAAAUCCCAUGCUAUUUUAGCUGUUCUUCAUGGAGUUCCAUUGUCGGUCCUGCUUUGCCAGCAUAAGUCUACUUCACUAGCCACAUGCAAAUCUUUGCUUUUUAUUUCGAUCUCAAUGCUUUUAGAUUUUGCUGAGUUCAUGUUAUAACCCGCGGCACCGCACGGGCAAUUCACCUAAUACAUUCUAUUUGUGUCCUCUAAUUUGUCUCCAAUAUUUCUCACCCCUUAUCAAAUACUGACAUGUAAACUGCUUGCAUGGUUAUCAUUUUCUUUCAA